CUACUUGCAAGUCAGUAAACACUGUACCUAGCUUGAGCAAACACUGUUACAAACAACUCCCUUAUCAGUAGUUGACGAAAAGCACCAUUGUUCACAUGCGACUCUACUCUUACUGUUUACUAGUCCUCACAUGGACGCUGGCCUGUGCUAGAGUGCCGUUAUAUUUGAAAGAUCUAAAUGUUAACCCUGGGUAUAAAUCAGAAUGGAAACCAAAUAUCGGCCAAAGGAACCUGACAGGCAUUGAAUUCGGAGAGAUCUCACGCGGCUCGCUGCUGAAAAUAAUGGCGGAAUUCGCGCAGAACAUGGAGCAGCGGCUGCGCCCGCGCCAGCAGAGCGCGCGCUUCGACGCACACUUCGCCAACAACAAGUACACGCGGCCCUACAUAUAUCCGAGAUUCGGCAGGAACAACGUAAACUAGUAGUUCCUCUCAAGUAUACUACUUUUUGGACUUCGCCCCGUAAAUACUUUGUAACUAUUCCGAUCCGCCUUAUCUCCUAACUUAAAUAUUGUUUUUAUAAUAUCCACCAUGGCCGACAAGAAACCUGGAAUUAAAGCUCGGUUUAGUGUUAAAAACUAAAUAUGUAAAGCAACUGUUUUGAAGUAGUUAGGCAGUGAGAUUACAGUGAGACUAACUUAC